AUGCAAUUUCACGAGUUCCCUACAGAAGGGAGUCGACCCUCGCACGGGGCAAUACACAUGCUCAAUUCAAUUCAACGAGGCCCCGGCACAGAUCUUGAAGACCCGCUCAUUCUUUUUGGUAGAAAACACCUCAAUCUGGCCGGUCUUCUAGCAGAAGGAGCCCUCGUCUGUCUCCCAGUACUAGUCGGAUUGAAAGCUCUGGAGUUUCAGAUCUGUCAGUUUUCGUUUGUUGUCAGCCAGGCGGUUGGUUUCACCAGUGGAGAUUUGAAUUAUGGAAAGGGACUAAAGGUCAGGGCCAUCUCGAAGACCCCGCAGCGCGGCGAGCUCCAGAAGCUGUAUUCCCCAAGCGGUCGCGCUCUAAACUUGGUGUGGCGGUCCAACGAGGAUCGGCGCCUACACCAGAUCCUGGAUGGGGCGCAGUGUCUGGUUCGGUUCGAGUACGACGAGUUCCACACACGGAUCAUGACGACCCCGGACACGGCGGAGGCCCGCACCUUUAAGCUCACUGUGAGGUCAGGAAGGCUGGACAAGCUCAAGCUUCCGGCUGCCGAGGGCCAGCUGUGUUGGGAGUUCCAGUACAACUAUGACGGCCUGCUCUGGUGUAUCGAUAAGGUCGACAGCCCUUCGGGUCUCGGGGAAGAGAUCAAGUAUCGAGAGCAGAAUGGCGCUCCACCUGUUGCCCACGGGACCCAAACAACCCUACCCCAGCAUCCCGAAUGUCCUCAACACGCAGUCUGGCCAGGCCAGGGACACCCUCCGAUCGUAACAAACUAUCGCUAUUCCGACAAGAAUUUCCUCGGCUAUGCAUCCGGCUUUCGGUGGACCGACGACGGGAAUUAUUUGUACCUCUUAGUCGAACCGGCAGGAGCUCUGUCACGCGAGAAAGUUACAUACUACACCAAGCCAAUUGGGUAUUUGGAUGACCAGCCACCGUACUACCUGUUGCCGGCGAAGGUCGAGACGACCUACACGGAUCGAGAUGCGGACCACGGCCGACCUCCUCGCACGAAGACCAACUCGUACCAGUAG